AGAGAGAGAGAGAGAGAAUCGUACAAAAACAUCAGAAGAUAUACGUCUGGGAUUUUCAUCGCAAAAGUGAUAUAAGGACAUAAACCUAUAAACGUUUGCUGGACAGUUUUUCAAUGAAACAAAACUCCAUUUCAAGAGACUGAUUGCCUAUGAAUUAAAUAACCAUUCAAAAAUGCUACUGUUGUGAGGAUCCUCAUUAAGAAAACUACAAAUUCAAACUAAGCAAAGGAAAAUGAAUAUGGACAUGAAAAAAAUGUCUAAACUGGUUUGGAUCAUCAGAUUUGGAUAUGUCGCCCUUUAUUUUAUAUUGGUUACAACCAGUAGUGUUUCUGGACAAAAGUGCCGAGAUCGACGUGGAUCCCUACCUCAGGUCCAUUAUAACUUAUGGACGUGUAGCCAAUGCUACGCUUUCUUAUUCGCCCCGGAUGGAAGUCCCAAAGAGUUGGAGAGUUAUGGUUUGAAUCUACGAAGUCGAAAUACGACCUAUAAUGUGUUUCCAAUCGGUACUCUACUCAUCCCUGAUAUAACGAAUUCUACAAACCGUGAUCAAGUUUGUAGUACGUUGAAAACUGAUGAAUGUACGCGCUGGACUGACUGUUGUAUGGCGGCAAUCCGAUGUUGCGACCGGCAAAGGAGUAUGCCGCCGAUGCCAAAUACGGGCAAGUACUGCCCGCGCACUUGGGAUGGGUUUGGGUGUUGGGACGAUACAAAACCUGGAGUCUAUGUCACUCAGCCGUGUCCAACAUUUAUAGAGCAUGCUUUUCCAACAGCGAACGCCCAGAAAAUCUGUAGAAAGAAUGGAACGUGGUAUACGCAACCGCCCCAAUAUUUCGAAUGGACAGACUACACGAAGUGUGUAUCCAUUGACAAUUAUAGAGUGACCAUCUUCAUCGGAAUCGGCGUGAAUGCCGCGAGUGUAGUGGUUCUCAUUCCCGCCAUGGUUAUCUUUCUCGUGUACAGGACCUUGCGCAGCCAGCAUCGAAUCAGAAUCCACAUUCAUUUAUUUGCGUCGUUCGUAUUUAGUAGUAUCAUCUACAUACUUUGGGAUGUGCUAGUGUAUCGUGAUCGCCUCAUCAGUGCGGUGACCGAAAGUGUGAUGUACAAGAACACAGGAGGCUGCAAAUUCUUAUACUUCCUCACACGGUAUACACGAACAACUAACUAUAUGUGGAUGUUUUGUGAAGGAUUCUACUUACACAGGCUUAUCGUGAAUGCCUUUGAGCCUCCAAAGUCAUUAAUCUGGUUCUACUUAGUCGGAUGGGCAUUUCCUGCCGUUCCAGUCACGAUAUAUAGCGUUUUACGAUCGGUCUACGCAAACGAGAAUUGUUGGGUUAAUCACUUCGGCAAUCACGAAUGGUGGAUAUAUGCCCCCAAUCUCCUUGCUUUACUAACAAAUCUUUUCUUCUUGUGCAACAUACUGAGAAUUCUCCUAACGCAACUUCAAGCCCACCCCAACGAGCCAAGUAGUUAUAGGCGUGCCUUGAAGGCCACAUUCAUCCUCAUCCCAUUGUUUGGUUUACAACUGUUAUUCAUCAUAUACAGAGUACCUGAUCAUAGCCCAGCAUCAUACUACUUUGAGAUUAUUACCGCCAUCAUUACCAACUCACAGGGAUUAUUUGUGGCGAUGAUCUUUUGUUUCUUCAAUGGGGAGGUGUUCUCGUUGCUGAAUAGAUCCUGCAAAAGGCAUUGCUACACAGACGCCAUGAGAGAAGCCAAGGCAAAAAGCGUAAUGUCAAUGUCAACACAAGUUCAACAUUCAACAGAUAUGAACGGACGUUCAACUAACUCUAGACCAUUCAAAAAUGGUUCCGGAUCUACAAAUCAAAACUAUAUAGCGCUGGAGCCACUCCAAGCAAAAAAAGAUGAAAAUGGGACAGUUGUGAAUACUUAUAACUGAUUAAUGGAGCGAUACGAUCAGAUAGUGGCCACUUCCCGGCAUUACUCAAACAUGAUUGACAAAGUUGUGAAAACUCGUCCGUGGUUGUUUCCACUUUUGAUUAACUGUGUCAAUACUCCCCAAUAGGACGCGGAAACCCCAAGAGCUUAAAGAGUAUCUCAAACAUUCAUUCCCACAAUCUAGUUUCUGAAUACCACACGUCGAUGUGGUUUUC